ACAAUAAGUAACUAUUUGAUUUGGUAGUGGUUUGGAUUUUUUCGUAGAAUGAAUUAAAAUAUACAAUAGUUAUGUGCUCUUCUCUAUCACAUUGAUAUUAAGCUUUGAAUACUCUUAUUACGUUUUAAUUUCACCACACUCAACAUGUUUGAUGAAAUGCUUUAACCAUAUUUCUGGUUGGUUUUAUAAUUUCUAGCUUUUAGAAACUUAGUAAGUUGAUUGCAUGUGAAAUUAGAAUAAUUAGAUCUUAGUAAUUAGGAAAUUUUAGCUGCACAAAUAGCAUCUUUGCAGAAAACAUAUUAGCAUGAUGAUUACACUUCAUUAGUGUUCUUCUGGUAAAUUUGAACUGUUAUUGUAAACAUGUUAAUUUGCUAAUUGCUCGUGUUGUUGUUCUGUUAUUUUUAAUUUUUUUUUGUUUUUGUUGUGAUUUUCUGUUCUUGAACUUGUUAAGUUGAUAAUUUGCUAAAUUGUUGGGCUGCUGUUGUUUUAACAUGCCAAACUGUUAGGUUGCUGUGAUUUAAUUUGUUGGAUUUUCUAUUUAGGUCUUGUUCUUGUUUAUUUGCUAAAUUGUUGUUUUGUAUUUAUUGUUGUCUUUGAGAUUAUUGCUGGAUAUUGGUGAUCAUUGAUUUAUUAUAUGCUUCAUGUUUUCAUUGUUUUCUUCUUCUGAAGGAAAAAAAAUUCUGUUUUCAUUGUUUUGUUGAUUGUUUGUUUUGCUUCAAAAAUCAAUUUUUUGGAUCAUUGCUCAAAUUCUGAAUGCUGUUCUGCUGGUUUUGCUGUGUUUGUUUUGUUUCAGAAAUAAAUUUUUUGUGAUCAAUGCUCAAACUCUGAAUGUUGUUCUGCCGUUUUUGUUUUGUUUCAGAAAUCAAUUUUGUGAUGAAUGCUCAUACUCUGAAUGUUCUGUUUUGUUUUAAGGCUGUGUUUGGAAGAGGUGAUUGAUUUCUGAGUGUUGUUUUGUUUUUGUUUUAAGGCUGUGUGUUGUGUUCAAUUUUCAUUUUGUAGGAAAUUCUUUGAGGUAUAUAAGAAUUAAGAAUGAAGACUAUUUCAACGAAUGCAAGGUUCUGGGAUCGGGUGAUAAAACGCUGCGUUUAAGCGCAUUUCCUUUCCGGGGUGGAUCUGCACUGCACAGCUUGCUCGAAGAAGAAGAAGAUGCACUGGUACUUUGUCGCUGUGCUCCUCACUGUUCUCACCAGUUCUCAGGGAAUAUUGACAACCCUCUCGCAAAGUAAUGGAAAGUAUAAGUAUGAUUAUGCCACUAUCCCAUUUCUUGCUGAGGUUUUCAAGCUUGCAGUGUCAAGUUUCUUUCUAUGGAGGGAAUGUAAAAAGUCACCUCUGCCAAAGAUGACAACUGAGUGGAGAACAGUGAUUCUUUACCCCAUUCCUUCAAUUAUAUAUCUGAUCCACAACAAUGUGCAGUUUGCUACCCUCACAUAUGUUGACACUUCCACAUACCAGAUAAUGGGCAAUCUAAAGAUUGUGACCACUGGAAUACUAUUCAGGUUGUUCUUAGGGAGGAAGCUUUCGAACUUGCAGUGGAUGGCGAUCAUGCUGUUGGCUGUUGGGACAACCACAAGCCAGGUUAGGGGCUGUGGAGAGGCUUCAUGUGAUUCACUAUUCUCAGCACCAAUACAGGGUUACAUGUUAGGAGUUCUGUCAGCUUGUCUCUCUGCUUUAGCUGGAAUUUAUACUGAGUUCUUAAUGAAGAAAAACAAUGAUAGCUUAUACUGGCAGAAUAUACAGUUAUACACGUUUGGUACAAUCUUCAAUAUGGCACGACUUGCUUUGGAUGAUUUUAGAGGUGGAUUUGAAAAUGGACCCUGGUGGCAACGUAUAUUCAAUGGAUACACUAUCACUACUUGGAUGGUGGUAUUAAAUCUAGGGUCUACUGGUCUUUUGGUUUCCUGGUUGAUGAAACAUGCUGACAAUAUUGUUAAGGUAUAUUCCACAUCAAUGGCAAUGCUUCUGACAAUGAUAAUAUCAAUAUUCCUAUUCAACUUCAAACCUACAUUGCAGCUUUUCUUGGGUAUUAUUAUUUGUAUGAUGUCUCUACACAUGUAUUUUGCCCCAUCAAAUAUGCUAUUAGAUAUGCCAGUAACAGUUAAACCGGAUGAAGAGAGGGAGAAGCUUAUUGAAGUGUCUGUUGAUCGAAGAACACAUUCAUGAUGUCAUUCAAUGCUUUGGUAUCGACACAUUUAUUUGAAUUAGAAAAAUUCCCACGCGAUGCGCUGGCUAAAUACUUAUUCCAUAAUAUUGUUCGUUGGGUGUUGGAUUCUAAUAAAAAAUACAAAUAUAUAUUGAUACUAAAAUCUAAACAAGUAACUACUUGUUUUUGUUCAUUGGAUAAAUAUAUAUUGCAUAAAUAUAUACAAACAAAAAUAUUUUUGA